CAGCAAAUUUGAAACCGAUUUCAUUCCGACACCUCAAACUCGGAUCCAUAACUCGUUUCAAAGGAAUGAGACGAAUACGGGUUCCUUCGUCAUCUUCGUCUUCUACAAAUUCAAGACCGAUAAUACCACUCCUGAUUUGUGUUGUAGUGAUAUUUACACUUGUGGUUCUGGCAAUUCAGACUUCAAAUUUCUCAGAUUACGAAAAGUAUUAUAUAAACCGAGUUGAGAUCAAGAUUCUCUCUGAUUUCCAAACUAAUGUCCAGCAAUGUAUUGCUAAUAGAGGACUUGGACUUACUGCACAUAUUAUUGACCACUGUAAAUUGGUCCUGAAAUAUCCUAAAGGCACAAACAGCACUUGGUACAACAAGCAAUUCAAAAAACAUGAACCGCUGGAGUACCCUUAUGAUGUGUGUGAGGCUAUUCUUUUGUGGGAGCAGUACCGAAAUAUGACGACAGUGUUGACGAGAGAAUAUCUCGAUACCCGUCCAGAAGGAUGGCUUACCUAUGCAGCUCAACGGAUUGCACAACUGGGAGCAGAUAAAUGCUACAACCGUUCUCUAUGUGAGGAGCACCUUAACGUGCUGUUACCGUCAACACCUCCAUUUCACCCACGCCAGUUUGAGAGAUGUGCAGUUGUUGGAAACUCAGGGGAUCUCUUAAAGACUGAAUUUGGAGAAGAAAUUGACAGUCAUGAUGCAGUAAUACGAGAAAACGAAGCUCCUGUAAAUAAGAAAUAUGCCAAGCAUAUUGGUAUGAAGAGAGACUUCCGCCUUGUUGUGAGGGGUGCUGCUCGUAAAAUGGUUAAAAUUCUUGAUGGAUCUGCUGAUGAGGUGCUCAUAAUCAAAAGUGUGACCCAUAAAGACUUCAACGACAUGAUAAAGGGCAUCACAAAUCCAGUCUAUCUGUUCCAAGGUAUUGUACUGCGAAGAGGUGCCAAAGGAACUGGAAUGAAAUCGAUAGAACUAGCUCUCUCCAUGUGUGAUAUAGUCAACAUAUAUGGUUUUACAGUAGAUCCAGGCUAUACUGAAUGGACUCGCUACUUCUCCACGCCUAGACAAGGGCACAAUCCCCUGCAAGGACGGGCCUACUAUCAACUAUUAGAGUGUCUUGGCGUUAUUAGGAUUCAUUCUCCCAUGAGAUCCGAGAGGAACGAGGAUUGGUCAGGUAUUCCAAGUCGGGAGACGAUAAACAGAGCUCAUACUGCUGCCUUGCACCUAAAGAGAAGCCAAGAGGGACAGAAUGGCACCCUAGGACCAUUCGGCAGCUGUAAAAUAUGGAGCAACGUGAGCUACGACAAUAGUGGACCUAUCUCAGGAUCACCUGACAUGAGUGAAACACGCAAAAAUUCUAACUACAAAAAGUGGGAAGUCAUGCCAUUCAAAAGCCUAAGAAAGGAAGCUCAACAACACCAUAUCGAGAUGAGAGGUGUUUCCCUGUAUAAAAUGGAUGGCAAUAAAUUAGACGAUUUGGUCUGUGUAAAUCACUCCCUUAAAGGUGUGGUUUAAGAAAAUUCUAUGUAUCGCCUCAGUAGGUAUUAUUAGUAAUAGUCUAGGGCCUUUUUUCACUGGCCGGCCCGGGGGUAUAUACCAAAACUAAUAGGGGGUUGCGGAUUUUAUUCUCAACCAAAAUGGUGUGAUAAAGGGUGUCUAAAAGUGGUAGAGUUAUCUCAUUACCCCUCUAUAGUCUAUCCUAGGUUUCGACAUGUGUUCUUCAUUAUUUUAUUUUAUUUCUAUUAUUUAUCAUUUAUUAUACAACCAGUUUUUUAUUUUCUAUA